AUGGACUCUGAGGAUGCCGGUAAAGUUGUAGAGAUGAAUAGAGUUGAAGAUGGGGUGGAUGUUGUAGUUGUAAGAAGUGUAGCUGUGGAAGACGUAGAUGCAGAUGACGUAGCUGACGAUGACAUGAACGUAGACGAUAUGUCUGUAGAGGACGUAGACGUAGACAAAGACGAUGUAGAUGAUGCAGAGGUAGAUGUAGAUGUAGAUGUUGAAGAUGUAGAGGAUGCAGAUGUAGAUGAUGAAGCAAACGAAGACAUAGACGAAGAGGUAGAUAAAGACGUAGACGAAGACGAAGACGAAGACGAGGACGAAGCAGAUGUAGAUGUAGAUGUAGAUGGUAUGGAUGUAGAGGAUUCAGUUGAAGACUCUGUGGUCGUCACUGCCGCUGACGUUGAGGUUGAAUCGGCUGACGACGUUGAAGACGUUGAAGACGUUGAAGGCAAUCGGGCUGGGAUGAUAGCCACAUCAUAG